CAACCCACCACCCUCUACUCGGUUAUCGGUGCAUCUCCCAUGGCUCGGUCGCUCAGACAACAAAUUUUGUAACCAACAAUAACACUCCCUUCCCCAACAAUUUGACGCAAAUUGACGCCGAUCGGCUAAUAGCACAAAACAACAAUAGUCCUUGUGGCGCUGUACUCGCAGGUGUUCAGUUUCAGCGUGACAGUGUUCAGUGUUCACUACUUCGGUCAGUCACAGUGAUUGUCCUUACCAUAAUCUGUCGAUGCCGAUCACGAAUUCAAAGUUAUAAAUCACUAGCGAGCUUCACUGAGAUCAGUAGAUGUCCGUCCUGCGCGGUCCUCCGAUCACCAAUUCUCAUUGUCAUUCAGUGAUUCUGGAUCACCAUCCAAUCGUGUUCCCGGUUUCGACAUCGUGAGAGAUUGAUUGUUUUGUUUUUGAAAUACUUCAGUCAUUAAUAUGAAUAUUAACUUUUACAUCUUUAUAUGUUAAAAUUACGUCUUGUAUCAACACAUUUCCUAAAACAACCAUAAAGUAUUAAAAUGUGCCGUGAUUGGGAUAUGGUUAUUUAAAUUGUAUACAUUUGAGUUAUAAAACUGUGUCAAGCUGUUGAAAUUACUGCAGUGGUUUGCAGGAAUUACCCAGAGUUUGAAUUGCAUGAAAAUGAAACUAACUUUGUGUUGUAAUGAUACACAUAUGCUUAGUAAGCAGGUUGAAACAAAGUUUGAGAUGUUAUUAGAAGAAUAUAAUUCAGAAAAAUUGAUUUUGAUUGGUAUGCCAUUAGAAAAAUUGCCAUUGAAUUGUGACGGAUUACCACUUAUUGUAGAAAAUAUAAAUGAUUAUAUAAUUGAUAAUGGGUUAUAUGAAGAAUACCUAUUUGAUGAAACAUAUUCUGUUAAUGGACGUAAAGCCAAUAUUAUUAGUGCUUAUGAAUUAGUAAGUGGUUCAAGAAAAAGCUGUAAAACAAUAAUGGAUUUUGAUGCAGUAGAUGUUGCAUCAGUAUUGGUUAUGUGGCUAUACUACUUACCAGAACCAUUGAUAUCUUCAAAACAAUUUUCAAUGAUUUGUGAUCUUAAUGUCAAUAAAAAGAAAAGUGAAAUAAUGAGUUCCAUGAACAAUUUAAACAGACUAACUUUACAAGGAAUAAUGAACAUUGUAGAUUCUUAUGAGAAGCAACACCCGUCAUAUAAGGAAAAACUUGGAAAUCUUUUUACACUGCUUUUAACCAAACAUGCUGAUAUUAUUAGUCGAAAUAAUUCAUCACAGUUCUUAAACAAUUUAAAGAUUGUUUUGAUGGAAGCAAAAAUGAAUAAUGAAAAAUAUAAUAAUAUGUUCAAUAAAAAUUCUUUGGAAAUCAAAUCAAAUACCAAUCAAAAUGAUAAUGAUUUUCAUAAAAAUAAUCUAUGUAAUAAGAAGAAUUCAUUUCGCAGGUCGUUGGGUGAUGAUGGAUUACAUAUGAAAGCUGAUGCGGAUGAUGUUGAUGAAACAGUGAAGAAAUGUUCAACUUUGAUUAAAUCAUGUAGCUGUAACCUGACUGAAUUCAUUUCAGAAGAGGAUAUUCAUUACAAUAACACUUUUAAAAAUGAUUCAUCUUUUGAUAAGAGCAAUUUGAAUACUAAACCAAUCGAUAAAUUAUCUGAUGAUAAUUCUUAUGAUAGUUCCAUUUGUGUAGUUAAUGAGAUAUAUAGUAGCCAAAUUGAUGAUAUGAGAAGUAUAGAAAGGACCAUGCAGAUUCAUUCCAGAAGUACCAUAAAAAGAACCAAAAAUAAAUCUAUUAAAGGUCAUGUAGAAAGAAUCUUGAAGUCAGGAUUUUUAUCAAAUGAAGAGAGUUUGUUAUUGAAAAACACAUUAGAACUUAUGAAAAUACUAUCAAAAAUUAAAAGCAUUCAAAAUCAAAUUAACAUUCAAAGGAGAUGUAGAGAGGAUGAAUUUAGUUGUGAAAAUGGAAAGACCAGCAAACGUUUAUCAGAAUUACAUUUUUUAAACAACCGCCUCGAACAAUUAGUCAAUCAAAAAAAUAUUUAUUUAAUGAAAACUGGAUUAUCAUAUGGUAGAUCAUACAAUCGUACAGUUUUGAAUCUCAAGAAUGCCCAAAAAGAAGCUUUUAAGUUAUACGAAAACGAAAAAAAUAACAAGAAUAAUCAAAAUAAAAACUUUGAUAAAUUAAUUUCUGACAUUUACAAUAUUCAAAUAGUUCUUGAUUAUUUGGAAAAUAAUUGUGGUGGUAAGGAGUUGCCAUGGAGGUCAAGUAAAGGUUGUCCAGGUCACAGAAAAAUGAAAAAAAAACAGUUGAACUGUGUAACUGUUGUAUCUGAUUUGCAAACAAUUGGUGAACAUGAAGUUAUGGAAAUCGUAGCCCAACCUUUAUUUAUAGCAGUGGAACAGUAACUUGUUUUAAUGGUAAAUUUAGUCGGCAAAGAAGUGGUCAUACAUUUUUUUUUUACUUAUAUAAUUCUUAAUAACUACAACUACAAAAUUAUUUUAUAAUUACUAUUAUUGUAAUCCUAUCUAAAAUUACUAAUUAGUAAUAUUAUUUGAGACUUAUUUAUAACUGGUGCCUUUAAAUUAUAAUUAAUGUAUACUAAUUAGAAUUUAAUAGUAAUUAAGAAUUACUAAUAUGUUAUAUAUAAACUUGCAAUAGUUUUGCCUUGCAUUCUUACUAUUUUUUGUACAAUCUAUUUAAUUAUGGUUAUUAUAUUUUUCAUAUUUACUUAAUAAUAACUUUUAAGAUAUAUUUUUUUUAAAUGAGGGAAUUCCUUAAAUUUACAAUUACAAUUAGUGGUAAAAAUGGUUUUAGUAAAAUCCAACCUAUUGCCAUUCAACCAUGUUGGUAUGUGAUUAUAAGAUUAUAUCAUUGAUUAAUGUUAAUGGAUUUUUUUAAAUAUAUUUAAUUGAUUUGUUGUCAGUAAUUAUUUGAGGCUUUUACUGGAGUAGUUGAUCUACUAAUUGUUAAGUGGUAUUAAAUCACUAAACCACUUAAAAGUAUAAUUAAAUAAUAUUUAUAUAUUUUUGUAUUAACUAUUUUGAUUUUUGAUGGAUUAAAUUAUUUUAUUUAUA